ACACACACACACAACUGCGAGGGAAGGAGUGAGCGUUGGAGGAGGCUGGAGCAGCACCUCCUGACCGCCAUUUCGCCCCCAGAAAACUUUCCCCCCCGCGCUUCCCCACUCGGGGACUUCCUCUGAAGCUUUUGUGUGUCUCUGUGUGUGUGUGUAAGAAGAGGAGGAGGAGGAGGAGAUUGCCAAGCCGCCUCCACGCUUUGGGGACCUCGCGAAAAAGGACGGCGAAGGAGAGUCGUCCCACCCGCCAAAGGGCGCCUGUCCCUGGGGGCGGCGCUGCUCCUGCUGCUUCAUCACCACCACCAACAUCCUCCUCCUCCUCGUUAUUACAAUUAUUAUUAUUAUUGGGGGGGGGCACCCGAGUUGAGGCGCCGCCUCCCAGAGGAGACUUUCGUGGAGGGAGGGUUCCUAAAAAUAGAAAACUGGCCUGAAGUGAAAUUAGGGGAAGCUGGGAAUUUGGCAGCAUUCCCCCAUCUCCCGGAAUUUCUUCAUUGUUGAAUCUAAAGAUCUCCAUGGUAACUCAAACCCCCAGCCUCUUCUCAGCAGCCUGCAAGAAGCAGUUUUCAAUAGCUCAGAGGUCUCACAGUCAGGAGAGUUUGAGGAAUGAGAGAAGAGUGAUGGGAAAGACCUGAUGGAGUGGAAGAAGAAAGGAUACUGAAGCUGAAUUCGUCCUGAAAUAGUGGCCAGAUAGAGGAAUCGGGUAGAGUAGAGCUAGAGUGUGGAUCACACUUCUUGCAAACCUCAUCAUAUUGAGGUGGGGCUAAGAUGAGCAUAACCAGUGACGAAGUGAAUUUCUUGGUGUAUCGCUAUCUUCAGGAAUCAGGUUUCUCCCACUCAGCCUUUACAUUUGGAAUAGAGAGUCAUAUUAGCCAGUCCAACAUCAAUGGAACACUAGUGCCACCUGCUGCCCUCAUCUCCAUACUUCAGAAAGGCCUGCAGUAUGUGGAAGCAGAGAUAAGCAUCAACGAGGAUGGUACAGUGUUUGAUGGCAGACCUAUAGAAUCACUGUCGCUGAUAGACGCCGUAAUGCCUGAUGUAGUGCAGACCCGGCAGCAGGCUUUCAAGGAGAAGUUAGCUCAACAGCAAGCUAGUGCCGCACCAGCCAUAGUGACAGCAGCUGCUGCUACAGCAACCACGACAACUGCAACGACAAAUGCUGUCCCUCAGCAGAAUACACCAAAGAACGGAGAAGCCACUGUGAAUGGAGAGGAGAAUGGGGCGCAUGCAAUAAAUAAUCAUUCAAAGCCGAUGGAAAUUGAUGGGGAUGUUGAAAUUCCUCCUAACAAAGCAACAGUCCUCCGGGGUCAUGAGUCAGAAGUGUUCAUUUGUGCCUGGAAUCCUGUCAGUGACCUACUAGCAUCGGGAUCUGGAGAUUCUACUGCCAGAAUAUGGAAUCUUAAUGAAAAUAGCAAUGGUAGCUCCACUCAAUUAGUUUUGAGACACUGUAUAAGAGAAGGAGGGCAUGAUGUCCCCAGCAAUAAGGAUGUAACGUCAUUGGACUGGAAUAGCGAUGGAACACUACUGGCUACAGGCUCAUAUGACGGCUUUGCAAGAAUAUGGACAGAAGAUGGAAAUCUGGCAAGCACCUUAGGUCAACAUAAAGGGCCUAUAUUUGCUCUGAAAUGGAACAAAAAGGGAAAUUAUAUUUUAAGUGCUGGUGUUGAUAAAACCACAAUAAUCUGGGAUGCUCACACAGGGGAAGCCAAACAGCAGUUUCCUUUCCACUCAGCACCUGCUCUGGACGUAGACUGGCAGAACAACACUACUUUUGCGUCUUGUAGUACUGACAUGUGCAUACAUGUAUGCAGACUUGGCUGUGAUCGUCCAGUCAAAACCUUUCAAGGCCAUACGAAUGAGGUCAAUGCAAUCAAAUGGGAUCCUUCUGGCAUGCUUCUAGCAUCAUGCUCAGAUGAUAUGACAUUAAAGAUUUGGAGUAUGAAACAAGAUACAUGUGUACAUGAUCUACAAGCGCAUAACAAAGAGAUUUACACUAUCAAAUGGAGUCCAACGGGACCAGGUACCACCAACCCAAGCUCCAACAUUAUGUUGGCAAGUGCUUCAUUUGACUCUACUGUUCGAUUGUGGGAUGUCGAUAGAGGAGUCUGCACUCACACGUUAACCAAACAUCAAGAACCUGUCUACAGUGUAGCUUUUAGUCCUGAUGGAAAAUACUUAGCCAGUGGGUCUUUUGACAAAUGUGUCCAUAUAUGGAAUACUCAGAGUGGAGCUCUAGUACAUAGCUACAGAGGCACUGGGGGAAUAUUUGAAGUUUGCUGGAAUGCUAGAGGGGAUAAAGUGGGAGCCAGUGCAUCAGAUGGAUCGGUUUGUGUUCUAGACCUGCGGAAGUAAAUGUUUUAGAAGAAAUUACAAAUGGACCAGCAUUGAAUGUGUGGGUAGAAGCACUCUUCAAAACUACUUUUAACAUCUCUAGAACUGCAAGAACUGGGGGAAACAUACAGAAACUGGGGAGGAAAUCCUAGAGUGUACAACAAAAGCAACUCUCUCAAGUGACAGGGGCCUGCAACAUUUUGUCUGUAACCUGCACCAAGGAACUGAAACACAAUCAUGUAGUGGGGGAGGGCGUGGAGACUGUUUCCACCAGGAACCUUCACCCUUUGAAAGGAAGCAAGAAAGCAAGAGUCUGCUACAAGCUAAAACCCUGCUGCAUUUGGUUUGGGUCUCCAAGAACGUGUUCUGGUGGCUGCAGAAGAGAAGAGAAAAAGCUGUGCCAAAUAAUAAUUAUGAUGAUGGAAAACUAAACAAAAAGAAACCCUAUAAAGCAAAAUACUUUUAGAAACCAAAAUGGGAAAAAUAAUCCUUCUCCAUGCGCUAUUGUAUUUUUUCCCUUCCAAUCUGGACACUACAGUUGCUCUCCCAAAGGACGUUCAAAGACCAGUUUGUAUUGAUGUCUCACACACAAACUUUGUAAUCACAACACUUUCUAUUUUCUAGACUACUUUUGUUUGUUCAGUGGUUGGUUGUUUUUUUUUCCCUAUCAGCUGGAAUAUUAUAACCUUGAGGAUCACAGGCAUAGGUUUGAACUGAAUUUCGUUCUUUCUUUCCUUCUGUGCCCAUUUUUUUUUUGUAUGUUUGUUUUGCUUUGCUUUUUUACCCUUUAUGCAUACAGUAAAUGUAGCCAGGUGGGUAUGAUGGAAACUUGGUAAGAGAUUGCUUUUGUCCUCCUCUUUCCCCUGCUAUCAUCUCUACUCCUUCUUUUUCUCCCAGCUGCUUCUUCUUUUUUAAAUAUUUCCAUGUUUCACUCUUAGUGUCUCAAGGGCACUUUCAACAAAUUGUGUAAUAAGUGCUUUAUGUAAGAAUGCAGUGCCGGGAAAGAUUUUUACAGGAGACAGAUGACUUUUUGAAAAAGAAAGAACCCAGUGUAUUUUUGGAAAGGAAAAAAGUAGUAGUAUUUUUUAUGUUACUCGCAAUUUUAGAAGCUAAAAAUUUCUGCCAAGAGGUACUCUGGAUCAUAUUAGAAAUUUGAAAGAACAAUUCAGAUGGAUCCCAAUGCACAUUUAAAGAUGCAGUUUCUUCAUUUCUGUCCUCCACAAGAAAGACAAUUUGCUAAAUCCUAUUUUUAAGUAUUAUUUUUUAAAAGAUCUCUGAUAUACUAAAUAAUACUGUCUUUUAGGAGCACCACAUUCUCAAAAAGCAGAAGUGAGUGGCUGGCAGCAAGAAGUUUAUGGUUUAAAUUUAUUAGCAGGUACAGGUUGAGCCUCCCUUAUCCAAAUUGCUUGGGACCAGGUUUGGAUUUUAGAUUUGUUUUGGAUUUUGAAAUACUAAUGGUAUAGCAUGUACUGUAUUUGAGAAGCUGGAGAGAGAGAAAAAGAGUGAGAGGCUGGAGAGGCAUGGAUUCAUAUCUGGCCAUUUACAGAUCCUCAGUCUCUCACCAGUCUCAUGUCUCAUAGGGCCCUUCUACAUUGACUUUUCCUCAUUUGGGAGGAACCAGUUUUUCUAUGUUGGUGAUGAAAUUGACAGGUUGGAACUGGUUUGAGGCCAGGUUGAUAAUUACAUUAACCAUGGAACCUGGCUUCAAAUUACACUUUGAGUCCUGUUUCUCCCAAUUUGUGGGAGAGAUGCGCAACAGCACCCCAGAGAUCUGGGGAAGGUGACAGGGAAAGAAUGGAGGUAAUCAGUUAACCUUCCAAGGGGGUCAUAUAGGACCCUGCUAGCCAGCCAUGCAUUGUGAAUUCUACAAAGCACUUCAACAAGAAUGGGUGUCUACAGUGCACUCUGCAUUCUGGGAUAUCUUAGUAUCUGCGGUAUAUUGGGAUCUGCUGCAGCACAUUAAAGGACAUUCUUUAAUACACUGUAUCCACUUUAAUAUGUGCUACAGGGCACGUUGUAGCCGCUGCAGUUUCAAAUCAGCUUGGAGCUGCAUUGAAUUAUCAGUGCAGAUGGGGUAUAAGCAACAGGAGUAGAGAAUGAAUGAGAUGUGAGGAUGGAAAGAGGCCGAGUAUCUGUGAAAUGCCAAAAAUCCAAGGGUAGCGCUCCGCGUGACCACACAAUCCUGGCAUUUCAGAGAUCCUCGCAUCUCUCUAAGGCCUUACUUCUCAUUUAUUCAUUACCUGUGCUGUGCUUGAGAUGUGAAGCUAGAGAGAGACGAAGGAUCUGAGAUACUUUAUAUUCGCUACUGUUCGGAGAUCUCUGAAGAGCUGGCAGCCAUCUACUUCUGUCUUUUAGGAGCACCACAUUCUCAAAAGCAGAAGUGAGUGGCUGGCAGCAAGAAGUUUCAGAUUUUGGAGGGUUUAGCAUUUUACAGUGUAUAGGCAUUUUAUUAUUUAUUGGCCGCCUCUUUUAAAAAACAGUGUCUCUGUGGGAGACAUUUGCAGUGUAGUUCACUUUUACAGACAGCUUCACCAGAACUUCAAGCUAAUAAAAACUAAACACUUUCAUAAACACUUGUUUGGAGGGCAUCUCAUCAGUGGGAUUUGCAGUAACUAAAAUAUCAAAAAGAGAACUCAUUUUCUCCAUUACCAAUUCUUGAAUAUUAUUAUAAUCACUUCUGGACCUGUCUUUAUUUAAAAUAUUUAAGACAUUUAUCCCUUUGAAAAGGUUGGUAAGCUCUAUAAAAGGUGGAAACUACAUCUUUAACAUGGUAAACAUUGGGUUCCUAAACAGGAUUUUACACGGUCAGGUAUUUCUAGGGUUCAAUAAGUAUUAGUCCCCUGAUACAUAUAAAAAAUUGCAUUUUAAUUUUUUUUAUUUUGAAAACAAACUAGCUAAUUUUAGAGUCAAGUGAAGUGCACUUUGUUACAUGUAAGGGUCAUUUUCAAGGGUUUGUACUUUUGUUCUCUUUCUCAUUUUUCUUUCUAUUUUUUUGCCUUUUAAAAUGCAGUUGUCAAUUGCAGAAUUAUGAUUUCAGCCAUCCACGGAUAGUUUGAAUUCUGGCUUCUAAAGUUUUAUUGUCUGUGUCAGACUUGAAGCCAGCUUGGUUCUCAUUUCAGCAUUUCCUAGGUUCUGUUGAAACAAUAUCUCCUCCCUGUCUGUAUUGUCUAUCACCCCUCCUCUCAUACUCACACACACAAACACACUUUUCAGCAAAUCACUUUGUGUGUUGUAGUUCAUUUGUUUCAAGGAGAGAUUCAACAGAUCAUAUUCAGUGUCUUGAAUAAAUUGCUAUAUUUUGAUAUUAGAAAA